AUGGAGAGCAAGUUGUUCUAUGUACCCUUGGUGCUUUUUGUUUUCCUUCAACAGGGCGUUGAUGGUCAUCACGGUGACGUCGUCAUGAACAAGUCGAAAUCGAGGGUUGCGAUCUCCCAGUAUCACCUGAACCGUUUCAAACGCGACAGCAACCGCGAUGUCGUCGCGGAAGCUGCACCCAGGCCCGCCCAGUCCAACCCCUGCACCUACGCUUGUGGUGAAAACGCUGACUGCAAUCUGAAAGGUUCCUUGAUACCCGUCUGCUCCUGCCCGGUGAACAUGACCGGCAACCCGUACACCUACUGCUUUCUUCUGGAAGCGUCGGAG